UGUCCCAGAGCGGCUCAUCCCGCCCAGAGCGGCAGUGGCAGCGCUGCCGGUGCCUCCACCACCAUCUUGGCAGCUCUGCGAGCUGCUAAGCACAUCCCUGGGCCAAGACACGUGGAAAACCUCAUUUUUCUCCCUUUGGAUUCGCACAUCCAGGUGCGUGGUGGGAGCAGGACAACCCAGCCGUGGGGUCUCCGUCUGCCCCAAAUGUCCACCCCCACGUGCUGCUUUGGCUGCCUCAUCCCACCCCUCAUCCCAUCCCUUCCUGGCAGCCAGCUCCGACCUGCGGGCACCCCCAGGGAUGACGUGGGCAGCUCAGCCCCGGCUCAGCCGGUCUUUGGCAGGGACGGGCAGUGCCCGUCACAUAACCGAGCGGGUCCAGCUCCCGGGGCGCUUUCGGCGACAUCCUCCCCGGGGCUCGGAGACCUGGGAUAACAGAGCUUGCAAUGUUGUUUUCUCCUCGCCUCCUCGGGGAUUGGUUUAUCUCUAUGAAUAACUCCAUCCCGGCUUUGAUCUCCUCUGCCAUUAAAGCGUGACAGGCUGUGAAAUGUGCUGUUGCUGCCGUCAAAUCCCGCUCCCGCUUCCCCCCCGCCGCCUCCGUGCUCCCCCGCUCCGGGAAACCUCCUUUCCCAGGCCUUGAGGAGCCGCAGAGCAGCGAGCGGGGCCGAACCGCCCCGGGACAGCGGCCAAACACGGUGCUGGAGGCAGGAAAAACCCAUCUCCUCCUCCUCCUCGCAGCCCACAGCUCUCCCUGGGGCGGCGAGCAGGGCACGGAGCAUCCCCGGCCCCAGCGCCGGCUCGGGUGUGGCGGCAUCACCCCAGCACCCGCCACGGGGGCUGAUGUCACGGCUAAUUAUAGCAUCCCCCGUCCCUCACCCCCGCCAAAGCUUUACCUGAGAGAGGGUAAAAAUAACUCCCGGCGAGGGAGGAGCUGGAACGAGCCCAAGGACUCCUCCAGCAUCUCCAAAACUCGCACAAACCAGGACGGCACCCCCCUGCCGCACUUUGUCCCCAAUCUGGGGGUCAGGACGCGCUCCCCUUGGCUGGUGCCGCCGUGCUCCAGGCUGCGGCUGUCCCCGGUCACCUUCACCCGGCUCGGGUGUCAGCACUGGGACAGGUGGCGGUAACCGGAGCCGGGCCCUGCUGCUGCGAUCCAGCCCCGGCGCACCCCGCGUGCUGUUUAAGCCGAGCGAAGCAGGUUAAUGGCCCCAGUCGAUGAUGGAAUGUUUUCAUUACAGCAUCUUUUUCUCUCUCUCUCUCUCCCUGCUGCAAUCGCUCCCAAGAAGACACAUUAAACCUCCCCGCGCCGAGGGAGCGGAUCCGCCCCUGGGGCUGCCUGCUGGCCCCGGGCAGCACGGCUCACCUGUCCGAGCCCUGUGGGGCUAAACACCCCCCUCAACCUGCAAUUCCUUAAUUCUGUUUCCCUUCUCCUCUCGCCCUAACAGCCAAGGCACGGGAACCCAGUGCCAGAGCUGGGAGCAGCAGAAAUCCCAGCCCAGCCCCGGACAGCUCCUCCCUGUCCUGAGCAUCCCGAGCUGUGUGGGAUCAGCCCAGUGUGUUCCCAUUCUGCGCCCACAGAGCUGGACCAGCCCAGCUCUUCCAAACCCCUGCCAGGAGCAGCCCUGAUGCUGUCACAGCCCUGUCCUGCGGCUGCAGCUCAUCCCCACCACAGACACAGGGCACCUAUGACCUGGCCCCCAUAUCCUGGUGGCUCCGAGCCACCCAAUUCACCUUCCUGACUCUCUUUUCUAGGCAGAGUUUUCAUCUCAAAUUCUCUGGGAUGCUCCCAAAAGGUGUAACCUUGAUCUUGGCCUGAUGAAAUUUCAUCCUGUGGCUCUGGCGCUCAUCCCCAAGGUCAUCCAUUCUUUCUCCCAGGUCUCCAAGUGGCAUCUGCCAGUGUUCCUCUUACACAAGGGCCCUAUUGAAGGGAAUACUGAGCUUGGGGAGCCCCAGAAUGGGACGCCCCAGUGUCACAUUGUGGAUCAUUGCCCCUGGCAGGGAUCCCCAGCGCCUGUUCCACUGGCAUCACCUGCCCAGGAAUCUCUGAUAACUCUGCUGGUAUCAGAUCAGAUUUUUACAGAGUUCCUGACUGAUUUGUCCUCCCAGUUUGUGGUGUCCAUGUGUGCCGGGAUGUGCUCAGGGACCAGGAACCCUGCAGGGUGCACAGGGAAGGAAUCAGAGCAGCUGAACUGAGGGCUUGGGGUGAGCUUCUCCCAGCCAGGCACCGGCCCAAAGCUCCCAUCCAGCCCCUGCACAUCCAAGUGCUGCCGGAUUUAGAUUCUCCCCCGGUGCCGGGAUGGGGCUGGAGAUUGCUCUGUGGUCUCUGGAUGCUUUUAUCAAGUGCUGAGUACAGGAAAAGCAGCAAACCACGAGAAGGGGCUGCGCUGCUGCAGAGAGGAGACGCCCGUGCAGCUCCAUCCCAGCUUCCUGCACCAGAGCUGCUCCCUGGGACCCUGAGCCCGGCUGGUUCAGCAGCACAAGGCCUGGAGCCAUUCCUUGAAGGAAGAGGGGGCUCCCUGUGCCCCACUGGAAUCCAAAACAGGAGGUGACGUGCCCAGCACUGACUGGGCUCUGCAGAAGGACUCGUUGCCUGGACAGCACCCAAAUCCUGCCAAGACCAGCCCUGCUCAGAGGAGGACAGACCUCACAGCACCGGGAAUGUUGGAUUUGCCGGAUUCUCACGUGCACACGCCGGUGCCCUGCGGCACAGGGGGAUGAGCCUGCAGGGAUGGGCACUGCCAGGGCAGGAGGAGCACCGUGGGAGCCUGAGGACACCACAGCAUCCUUCCCUCCACCUGGACCACCACUGAACCAGGACAGUGUCACGGGCAUUUUGGGAGAACCUCUGGCUCCAGCUGGCCUGGGGAUGAGCGCAGAGAGCCUGGCAUACGGCGGCUCUGGAGGCAGCCGGGGUCCCAGCAGGGAGGGCUGGGCCUGGCUGGAGCAGCCGCUGGGGCUGCCAGGGCCAGACCACGCCAGGAUGGAGGGCACGGCGUGGGGGCACAGCGCUGGGUACCUGCCCACACGGUGUGCCCCCAGCCUGGCAGCCCCUGGGGGCUCCCGCGGCGCCUCUGGAGGCCGUGAUGUCUCUGCUCCGUCCUGGCAGCCGGAGCCGGCCGGUCCCUGGGGGCCCGGGGAGCCCGCGGAACCGCCCCUCGCUCCUCCUCCCCUCCUGCUCCUGAUAUACCCUCCUGGCUCCGAGCAUCCCGAGCAUCCCUCUGCUCCUCUCCCUCACUCCCGCUCGCCUCACUCCUUUUCCUUUCUCCGUUUCUCUUCUCUGAACUUGCCCCUUCCCCCUCCCCUGAUCUCCCCAGCCCCUCUCUGCUGAGGAACUGACUGAAGACCCCCAGGCUGGGGCAGGGCACGGGCCAGGACCCCCACAACAGAGCCAGGACCUCCACACCACAGUUGGGAUCCCCAGGCUGGGCAAUGCCUCUCCAGAUAUUCUGCACCAUCUCCUUCUCCAGGGAGGAAGCACCAGAAGAUGCUGCAGCCACUGAGAAGGAAGAAGAUGAAGCAGACGAGUUUCUAUAUGGGCAGGAGGAGGAGGAUGAAGAGGACGAGGAGGACACAGGGACAACCACGGACUUCGUGGCCUUUGCCAGCAGCUGCACCCUGCACGGGCUGAGCCACAUCUUCGUGGAGGGCAGCCUGGGCGCCCGGCAGGCGCUGUGGGCGCUGGCCUUCCUCCUCUCCCUCUCCGUCUUCCUCUACCAGGUGGCCGACCGCAUCGCCUACUACCUGGAGUACCACCACGUCACGCUGCUCAGCGAGGAGGAGAGCCCCGAGAUGACCUUCCCCGCCGUCACCUUCUGCAACAUCAACCGUGUGCGGCUCUCGCAGCUCAGCCACGAGGACCUGCUCUACCUGGCCCCUCUGGUGGACUACGAGCCCGGCAUGGAGCUGGGCUUCACCCCUGCCCAGCCGGGCCCCUGGGAGGAGGACGAGCCCCUAAAUUUGUACGGGUUUUUUAACCGCACUUGCCACCAGCUGGAGGACAUGCUGCUGAGCUGCAGCUACCGCGGCCAGCGCUGCGGCCCCGGGGACUUUGCGCCGGUCUUCACCCGCUAUGGGAAGUGCUACACCUUCAAUGCGGGGCAGGACGGGAAGCCCCGGCUCAUCACCAUGAAGGGGGGCACUGGAAAUGGCCUGGAGAUCAUGCUGGACAUCCAGCAGGACGAGUACCUGCCAGUGUGGGGGGAAACAGAUGAGACCUCAUUCGAAGCCGGGAUCAAGGUGCAGAUCCACAGCCAGGACGAGCCCCCUCUGAUCGACCAGCUGGGCUUCGGGGUGGCUCCCGGCUUCCAGACCUUUGUGUCCUGCCAGGAGCAGCGGCUCAUCUACCUGCCACCUCCCUGGGGCGACUGCAAGGCCGUGGCGGGCGACUCGGAGUUCUACGACACCUACAGCAUCACGGCGUGCCGCAUCGACUGCGAGACCCGCUACCUGGUGGAGAACUGCAACUGCCGCAUGGUGCACAUGCCAGGCGAUGCCCCUUACUGCACCCCGGAGCAGUACAAGGAGUGCGCGGAUCCGGCCUUAGAUUUCCUGGUGGAGAAGGACAACGAGUACUGCAUCUGUGAGAUGCCCUGCAACAUGACGCGCUACGGCAAAGAGCUCUCCAUGGUCAAGAUCCCCAGCAAGGCCUCGGCCAAGUACCUGGCCAAGAAGUACAACAAGUCGGAGCAGUACAUUGGGGAGAACAUCCUGGUGCUGGAUAUCUUCUUUGAAGCCCUCAACUACGAGACGAUCGAGCAGAAGAAGGCGUACGAGGUGGCGGGUUUGCUGGGUGACAUUGGAGGGCAGAUGGGGCUGUUCAUUGGGGCCAGCAUCCUCACAGUGCUGGAGCUGUUUGACUACGCCUAUGAGGUGAUAAAGCACCGGCUGUGCCGGCGGGGCAAGUGCCGCAAGAACCACAAGAGGAACAACACAGACAAGGGCGUCGCGCUGAGCAUGGAUGACGUGAAGCGCCACAAUCCCUGCGAAAGCAUACGGGGGCACCCAGCAGGCAUGACGUACGCAGCCAACAUCCUACCUCACCACCCGGCCCGGGGCACCUUUGAGGACUUCACCUGCUAACCGACGUCUGGAUGUACAACCUGAGCUACCAAAGCCCUGCGAGAGCUGCCCUUCUCCCCGCCAGCGCCAGCGGAGAGACACAUCUAGGGGCCCUUUGCUCCUCGGCACGGUGGGACACGGACAAGAGCGACGGCCUCGGAUUUCGGGGCGGGCAGUGGGGUCGGGCGACGCCGGACCCUGGCGCAGCUGCUCUGCGCCUGCCCUGCUCCUUCAGAGACUCCAGGAUGCUCCAGCCCGGCCGUCCCGCGGAGCGGGAGCGACACGCACAGUGGGCCAGGGCACGGGCCUGCCCCGGCUCCCCCUUGGCUCCCCUCGGCCUUUUUAACUAAAACCCAGAAGCCAAGAAGAAGCAGCCGUCCGGCCGCAGUCUCCAUCCACAGCCCUGUCCGUCUGUCCUCCGUCGUCUCCAUGCUCAUCCUACUCCAACGCCUUGGCCGCGCCUGCUGGGCCCCCUGUGCCUGCUGGGGGGCUCACUGGGGAGCCCCUGGCGUGCCUGGCACAGGGCAGCAGCCCGGGAAUCCCUGGAGAGCCCCUCUGUCCCCCGGCACCUCAGCCCGGGCGCUCCUGGCACGAAGACGCGGCACCUCCACCUGUCCAGAACGUCUUCCUUGGCCCUGCCCUGGGAUCAGCCCCGGGAUCAGCCCCAGGAUCAGCUCCAGGAGCACCGGAGGGGGCUCAGCUGGGAGGUGCCACCUGGGCUCUGGGGACACCGGGCACUGUCCCUCCCUGCCCGCUCCUCCUGGCCUCUGGGCAGCCUGGCCAGCUCCAGCACUGCCCCAUGGUCCCUCCCGUCCGCAGGGAACCCUGUGGCCCCAAACCCAGCCAUCCUCGGGGAGAAGGGCACAAGGAAACUCCUGGUCCCACUUGUCCCCAGCUGGGGACACCCCCUUGGCACCACCGUGGCUGGGCAGGCACCGGAGCCCCAACUCCCCAGGGUUCAGAGGGGGCUCUGGGGCUCCAGCCCCGCUGAGCCCCAAAAGCUGCUGCCCUGGGGGGUUUGGGGUGUCUGUGGGUUCCCAGAACCUCUGCUGCCCCUCCCUGGCACAGCCCUGUCCUGGCUGGGGUCUGUGGCCACCUGUCAGAGCCCACCAGUCCCUCUGAGGUCCCCAUCUGGCCCCCCAACCCGUCUCCCAGCCCCCAGGCCAGAGCCCUCCCCGGGCCCAAGUGCUACUUAUCUUUAAGAGCUUUUGCAAUAAGUCUUUUUAGUAAUUUUUUUUUUCUAAACUGCAGUUUUGUUUUUUAUUCUUGUCAUUUUUAUUUUUAUUAUUUGCUUCCUGACCAAAAUUAGGAACUGGGGGUUAGUCCUUUGUAUCCAGCGAUCACCCAAAGACGACGGGUCGGCCACAUCCAUAAAUUUUCUUAUGGAUUUCUCCUAAUGUUUCAUCACGUUUCAUUUAUUUAUUUUCUUUCUUUCUCUUUCCCAUUCAAGCUUUUAAAGAUGGGGCUGGGAUUUGACCUUGAGGCUCACCUGUUGAAGAAAACGCUUUUUUGUUAUGUCAUCGGCAUUUUAUAUUUCUUAUAUAUAAUAUAUAUGACUAUAUAUAUAUGUGUACAUAUAUAUAUAUAUCUAUAUGCAUCAUGCCAGUGUAGAUACCCAUCCAGUAGCAUUUAGGCCUUGUUCUUGUGCCAUUUUUUUUUUCUGUUACUGAUCUCUGAAUGCCUUCAAGUGUAUAAAGUGUGGAAUUCUCUCCGGUAUCUGUACUAUGUACACACAUUUUCAUAGGAAGCACAAUAAGAUGACAGAUGCAUUGUACAUCAAUACCUGCUACUCUUAACAACGAUGAUAUAAAGAAUGAUAUAAAUGAUAUAACUCCCCCA